AUUUAACGCCUGUCCUGUAAGGUGAGAGCAGGCAGCAGCUGUCAGCUAACACACGCCGCGGCUAGGGGGGGGUCUCAGUCACACCACCGUCCCCCAGAGAGACCUGCCUCUGGUGUCUGGGCCAGAUCCUUCAACCCAACCAGGACCAGGUCCAGGAACACAACCAGGACCCACAACCAGGACUAGGUCCAGGACUUCCCCAGGACCACAACCAGGACCAGGUCCAGGACCAGGUCCAGGACUGCCCUAGGACCACAUCCAAGACCACAUCCAGGACCACAUUCAGGACCAGGUCCAGGACCACGACCAGGACCAGGUCUCCUUCCCCACCUGCUGUUGGAGGGGCACCAGAGCAGGUGUGGUUCCAGGGACCCGGGGAUCCAGGAUCCGGUGAUGGUCCAGGACCAGUUCCUGUGAUCUCCUGCUGGUUCAGAAGGUUGACUCGUGUUGCCGUCGGCAACGAAGGAGGACGAGGACGAGGACACCAUGUUUUACCUGUGGUGUCUCUUGCUGUGUCUUCAAUGUCUCUGCAGCGGCCUCCCGGCCCCCCAGGUGCUGAACCUGCAGGUGGUCCCUGGGGGGUCCGUGGUCCUGCCCUGUGGGGGGUUGGCCUACCGAGACCAGGACCGGGACGGGAGGGUGGUCUGGGAGCUGUGGAAGAGGGACCCGCUGAUGUUCCUGCUGGAGGAGGAAGUGGUGGCCCCCCGCCCCCCCCAUGAAAGGCUGCAGCUGCCGUCCCAAGACCAGUUCUGGGAGGGGAACUGGUCCGUGACGCUGACAGAUGUUGGGCUGAGCGACCAGGACGACUACUGGUGCCUGUUGGACGACCAGAUCAUCUCCUGGGUCCACCUCCAUGUGGACGACCCGGAUGAAACCUCCGGUCAGGAGACCUGGAGCACGGCGGGCCUCUGGUCCGGGGAUGGACCCUCGGAGACUCCUCUUCCUGUCCUGGAGGAGUCCACUGCUGUCCCGGGGGAGUCCACUGCUGUCCCGGGGGAGUCCACUGCUGUCCCGGGGGAGUCUACUGCUGUCCCGGAGGAGUCCACUGCUGUCCCGGAGGAGUCCACUGCUGUCCCGGAGGAGUCCACUGCUGUCCCGGAGGAGUCCACUGCUGUCCCGGAGGAGUCCACUGCUGUCCCGGGGGAGUCCACUACUGUCCCGGAGGAGUCCACUGCUGUCCCGGAGGAGUCCACUGCUGUCCCGGAGGAGUCCACUGCUGUCCCGGAGGAGUCCACUGCUGUCCCGGAGGAGUCCACUGCUGUCCCGGGGGAGUCCACUACUGUCCCGGAGGAGUCCACUGCUGUCCCGGGGGAGUCCACUGCUGUCCCGGGGGAGUCCACUGCUGUCCCGGGGGAGUCCACUACUGUCCCGGAGGAGUCCACUGCUGUCCUGGAGGAGUCCACUGCUGUCCCGGCGGAGUCCACUGCUGUCCCGGAGGAGUCCACUGCUGUCCCGGCGGAGUCCACUGCUGUCCCGGAGGAGUCCACUCCUGUCCUGGCGGAGUCCACUGCUGUCCCGGAGGAGUCCACUGCUGUCCCGGAGGAGUCCACUGCUGUCCUGGAGGAGUCACCUCAACCAACGCAAGGUCAACUUCAAGCGGCGACAGAAGUUCCUCCAGUGGAGGAGGAGGAGGAGAUGACAUCACCUCCAGAUGACGUCUCGACAGAAUCAGAGCGGGUGGACUCCUUCGAGGACCAGAACCCGUCGUUUCCCGUCAGAGGCCCCCAGGAGGUGACCUCUGACCCCCCGGAGUUCCCCUGGAUCCUGGUUGGACUCCCCGGUGGCGUGCUGCUGGUCACAUCGCUGGUCCUCGGUACUCUCCGAGCUCUGGGGCACAUCUGAACCGCUCGGGAUGGAUGGAUCCCGGCCUCAGGACCGAUAGAUCCCGGCGGUUCUGCCGCUGCACCUCCAGAGAUCUGAGCUCGCCUCCGGGUUGAGCUAACGAGAGGACGCCUCGUCGCCUGACGACAGAAGAGGUCACCGCAGAGCUGUUCGUAGCAGGCUGCAGUACCGGCCGUCAGAGUCCUGGGCAGGGACGGUCUACACCGGUCCAGGAUCCUGAUACUCAUUCACAAUGAAUCUGUCCAUGUGUCCAUGCUGAAUUCAUAAUAAAGCUAUAAGCUAAC